AUGAGAGCUUCAAGAGUUUUAUUAAAUGCUUCUAAAAAAGGUGGUUUUAACAUCCCAUUAGAAUUGACCCCAUUAUUUGUUGCUAUGGGUGUUGCUGUUGCUUCUGCUGGAUUCUUCACUUAUAAAAAAUUGGCUUAUGAUGGUUCUUUAAGAUUAACUAGAAAUCCAAGACAACAAAGUGAUGAUUUAAGUCAAUAUUUGAAAAAAGAUGAAGAAGUUAAAAAAUCUGAUUAG